UUUCCUCAUCAAGAAAUCGAAAAGAAAAAACAAGCUACUCAAUAAAUGGCAAAAUACACAGCCUUCGUUGCCCUCAUCUUCUGUCUUCUCCUUGUCGCUGCCACUGAAAUGCAAAUGGCAGAAGGAAAAUACUGUUGGAAGAAAAAUCACAAAUGGCACGGGCCUUGCCAAUAUUCUUACAAAUGUAGCCACCACUGCAAGCAUUAUUUUGGAGCUCAAUAUGGAGUUUGUAAGAAAUACCAAUCGGAACAUAAACAUCAUUACUGGGCAAAUUAUGCUUGCUAUUGCUACUCUCCCUGCCACUAAUCAUAGUUUCAAUGAUUGGCUUGGACUGCUAAAUAUAUUAUAAAUAAGAAGGUGACUUUGUGUGAAUGCAGAGUACUAAAUACUGCAUCAAGAAACUGUUGGUGUGAUUUUGUUGUGUGUUUGUGUCGUGUGACAAUGUAAUAAGUUUUGUUGAGGGUAGCAUGACCUUUUGGUCUAGCUUUGCCUGUACAAGUAUGUUUCUUUUAUUUAAUUUUAUGUUUUUACGGGGGUUAACAUCAA